AUGCGCUUGAAAUCCAUCUCGCCACUGGUUGAAUUUGCUUUCGAUUUCCGAAUAACUUCUUCUUUCGCAUGUGUAGUCGAGGACAAGAUGAUCGCCAAGUCAACGGGACCCCAAGGAACACUCCCCAAUAAGCCGAUCGGAGAAGCUGGCUUGAGGAGGGCAGCUUAUGCUUCUUUAAUUAUCUUGACCAGUGGGAGGAUUGCGUGCUCGAAUCCCACCCCUCGAAAGAAGGCACAAUCUUCCCGGGCCGUGCCUGCUCUGAACAUUCCCCUGCCGUAUCGCGCCUUAGUUUGCGAUAAUCUUGGCACGGUGCUAACCUCUUCGUAUUACCCGGCGAUUGCACACAAAGCCCACGAACACGCCAUCCUUACCCGCUCCAAGCUUCGGACUCUCGGAUUUGGGCAUAUCUUCCGAGAUCGCAUAAGAGAGCCCGUGUUCUCGAUCUUCUAUAUGGCUGAAGGACUGAAGAGGCUAGGCAAGAGGAUUGUUGGCUACCCUGACCGACCAAUUCCUCAUACCAUCUCCACUCGAGACUAUCUUCAACAGGCCAAAACAACCAAUGUAAAACAAGGUGUAAUCGACUAUCUUACAAGUCUAUUCCCUUUCUUCCAAUGGAUCACACGAUACAAUCUUGGUUGGGCAACAGGUGACCUUAUUGCGGGCCUCACUGUCGGCUUAGUUUUAGUUCCACAGAGUAUGUCUUACGCCAAGAUUGCAACUCUGACUCCCGAAUAUGGCCUCUACGCAUCUUUUGUCGGGGUAUUCAUAUACUGCUUUUUCGCAACAUCGAAGGAUGUGUCUAUUGGCCCUGUCGCUGUCAUGUCCCUUCAGGUUGCCAACGUUAUCAAGCAUGUUCAAAACUCACAUCCCAACCUUUAUACCGGCCCUGAAAUUGCAGUUGCUCUGGCUUUCAUUUGUGGUUUCAUCGUGCUCGGAAUUGGGCUCCUUCGAAUUGGGCGUAUUGUUGAAUUUAUCCCAGCACCUGCAGUGAGCGGGUUCAUGACCGGCAGUGCUAUCAGCAUCGUGGCCGGUCAGGUUCCUGGGCUGUUCGGUAUCAACGGUCGCUUCGACACUCGUGCGGCAACUUACAAGGUCAUUAUUAACACGUUAAAGAAUUUAAAGCACUCGACCAAGGAUGCCGCAUUUGGUGUAACUGGACUAUUUGCAUUAUACGCCAUCAAAUACGUGUUCAUGUAUCUGACCAAACGCUUCCCAAAUCGCGAGCGUUUGUUCUUCUUCAUUUCGAUUGCACGUAAUGCCUUCGUGAUUAUCGUCCUUACGCUCGCAGCCUACUUGUAUGCGCACCCUCGAAAGGAUGCCAAAGGCAACUAUCCCAUUUCCGUCCUCAAGACUGUUCCACGCGGAUUCAAGCAUGUCGGCCAGCCCCGUAUUGACGCUGGAAUUAUUUCAGCGCUUGGCUCCCAGAUCCCGGUGUCGACAAUUAUUCUGCUUCUUGAACACAUCGCCAUCUCCAAGUCAUUCGGGCGUCUCAAUGGCUACAAGAUUAACCCCAAUCAGGAGUUGAUCGCAAUCGGCGUUACUAACACCAUCGGCACGCUGUUCGCCGCCUACCCUGCUACCGGCUCGUUUUCUCGCUCAGCGCUGAAGAGCAAGUCAGGUGUACGCACCCCUGCUGCUGGAUGGAUCACCGGCAUCACUGUCAUUGUUGCACUUUAUGGUCUUACCGACGCAUUCUUCUGGAUCCCCAACGCCGGACUGUCAGCUAUUAUUAUUCACGCUGUCGCAGAUCUAGUCGCAUCACCUGCACAGGCAUUCAUGUUUUGGCGCGUAGCACCCCUGGAGUAUAUCAUUUGGUUGGCUGCAGUUCUAGUUACAAUAUUCUCCUCCAUCGAGAAUGGAAUCUACACUUCAAUUAUUGCAUCUGUUGCAUUGCUUCUUAUCCGCAUUGCUGUCCCCAAGGGGCAGUUCCUUGGCCGUGUGACAGUCCACUCCGAAUCUGAAGACAAACGUUCCCGUGACGUUUAUGUUCCGUUGUCGAUUAACGGUGGCAUCAUGAAUCCCCAUGUUAAGGUCGAGGCUCCAUCGAACGGAGUGAUCAUUUAUCGCCUGGAGGAGUCCAUCACGUUCCCCAACUCAUCCAGCGUCAACUCUGCGUUGGUAGAUUAUGCUAAGGAAAACACGAAGCGUGGAAAGGAUAUGACGAAUGUACCGCUGAGCGAGCGACCUUGGAAUGAUCCUGGUCCACGACGAGGAGCGCAGGUUGAUGCUGCCGCUGCUGAUGCAAGCAAACCUAUCCUCCGCGCUGUAGUGCUAGACUUUUCAGCCGUAGCUCACAUCGAUACGACUGGUGUCCAGAAUUUGAUGGACACUCGCAAGGAGCUGGAGCGAUGGGCAGAUCGACCUAUCGAGUUCCAUUUCGCAUCGAUCCUAUCGCCUUGGAUUCGGCGUGCACUGGUCGCUGGAGGGUUCGGUGUUGAGGAGCAUGGGCGAGUCAUUCCACAUGAAAUUGCCCCGGUUGUUCCGCCACCCCAGGGACAAUACACCGGUCCGAAUGACGAGUUCGCCAUCACCGCAUCCAAUAAUAGAGCCAGUAAGGAUGAUGUAGAAGACUUGAAGAGCGCUUCAAGCUCCAUGACGGAGUUCGAAGCCGCAAUCGUUAGCCGUUCGACUCCUUACUUUCAUCUCGAUCUGAACUCUGCAGUGCGCGCUGCAGAGAGCUUUGCUUAA